AUGAAGGACAAUUCAAAUUCAAACGACCAUGAUUCUCUCACUUCAUUCUCUUCGUAUGAAGAUAAACAAGGCCUUAAUCCAAUACCUUUAGAUCCAAAAACGUCAAAUGAUCAAAAUGAACUUCAAUCAUCUCAAACCCACAAGGAAAAAGAUUCUGAAAUUAUAAUAUCAACAGAUGAAUUGAGGAGGAACCGAUCUAUAUCAUUAUUAAGAACAACAAGUGGGAAGAAUUAUUAUAAUGUCGAAGCUAAAGAAUUAGACAAAGUAUUAACAAGAAAUUUUGAACUUGGUGAUGCGAUACAAUUUGAGGAAAAUUAUCAUGAACCAAUUAACCAAACCCACGCAAAUAUCCUUAAAGAUUAUAAUCAAAAUAAUGAUGAAGAUCAUGAUUCCAAUUAUUCAAAUCAAGAUCUAGAAAUUGGUAAACCAAUUUCCAAAAUCGAAAAAGUCUUCACAAAUAAAUCAACAGGUGAAAUUGACUUACCUCCAGAUGGAGGAUAUGGAUGGGUUUGUGUAGCUUGUGUUGUGACAAUUCAAGUAUGUACAUGGGGUAGUAAUUCAGGAUUUGGAGUUUUUUUACAAUAUUAUUUAGAUAAUGAGGUGUUUCCUGGUACUACACAGAUGGAUUUUGCAAUUAUAGCUGGUCUUAUUGUAUUUUGUGCACAAUUUUUUGCACCUUUAACAAUGAUUUGUAUGAAAUUAUUUGGGUUAAAACUAAUUAUGUCCAUCGCGUGUUGUACACACCUGAUAGGUUAUAUAUUAGCAUCAUUUGCUACAAAGAUUUGGCACUUAUAUGUUUGUCAAGGUAUUAUCGUUGGUGCAUCAUAUUCUUUUUUGUUUAUACCUGCUACUAUUGUUGUACCUGGUUGGUUUUUGAAAAAAAGAGGUUUAGCAUCAGGUUUUUGCUUUGGUGGUACUGGACUUGGUGGUGUUAUAUUUUCAGUUGGUGUUAAUGCAACCAUCAAGAAAACUGGGGAUCAGGUAUGGGCAUUAAGAAUGGUUGGUAUUGUAACAUGUUUUUUAACCACACUUUCCAUUAUUUUCAUUAAACCAAGAACGCCAUUACAAAAAGACCCAAUAACUCUUGAAAACUUGAUGAAAAACUUCAAAAUUGUAUUUAAUCCAAAAGUUUUGAAACAUAAAUCAUUGUGGUGUAUUUCUUUAUGGUCUGCAUUUUGUCUUAUUGGUUAUAGUAUGAUUAUUUUUUCAUAUUCAACCUAUGCAACAACAAUGGGUCUUUCAUCAAAUCAAGCAUCCACUUUAACAGCUUUAAUCAAUACAGCACAAGUUUUUGGGAGACCAUUCAUGGGAUUUAUUGCAGAUAAAUACAUUGGACGAGUUACUUAUCCAAUGGUUAUUGAUCUAGUAUUGGCAGUAUUAAUAAUGGGAUUUUGGAUAAAUGCCAAAACUUUUAUUUCAUUAUUAUUUUGUGCGUUAUUAAUUGGUUUCAAUAUUGGUGUUGGGAACGUUAUGAGUGCUGUUUUAAUUGCAGAUGCAUUUUCUUUAGAUGAAUUUAUAUCAAGUUGGGCAAUAAUUAAUAUGAUUUCAAGUUUUUUUUCAUUACCUGUUGAAGUUAUAGCUUUAGGUUUAAGGGAUUAUUCAAUUUCAAAUCCUUUCUUGUAUACACAAAUCUUUGGUGGGUUAUUAUUUAUUGCAGCUAUAUUUAUUUUAUUACCUCAAAGAGAAGUACAAGUUAAAUUAAGUUAUGAACGUCAAAGAAAACAAUUUAUAAAAGAUUUAAAAAACAUUGAUGUUGAUGACAAUAGUGUUGAAAAAUAUAAUGCAGGUACUGUAUUUCAACAUGAUGAUAAUAUUAAAGAAUUGAAAAAAGAUCUUGAAAAGAGUAUAAACGAUUGUGAUGAAAUUCUGAAAAGAGAUACAAAACAUUAUUUUAAAAGACUUUUCUAUCCAAUGAAGAUUUGA